UGCCUUACUAUAUUAUGACAAUUUUAUGCCUAACUCUACUAUGAAAAGUUAUGCCUUACUAUAGUAUGACUUCAUGACUUACAAUACUAUGACGAUUUUAUGCCUUACUAUCCGAUGACUUUUUUAUGACUCACUAUACUAUGACGUUUUUUUGACUUUUUAUGCCUUACUAUACUAUAACUUUUUAUGCCUUACUAUUCUAUGAUAUUUUUAUGACGUUUUAUGCCUUACUAUACUAUGUCGAUUUUAUGACUUUUUAUGCCUUGCUAUUCUAUGACAUUUUUAUGCCUUACUAUACUAUGUCGUUUUAAUGACUUUUUAUGCCUUACUAUACUAUAACUUUUUAUGCCUUACUAUACUAUGACUUUUUAUGCCUUACUAUACUAUGACUUUUUAUGAUUUUUUAUGCCUUACUAUUCUAUCAGUUUUUUUGCCUUACUAUACUGUGACUUUUUUAUGACUUUUUAUGCCUUACUAUACUAUGACUUUUUAUGCCUUACUAUACUAUGAAUGUUCAUGCCUUACUAUACUAUGCCGUUUUUAUGACUUUUUAUGCCUUACUAUACUACGACUUUUUUAUGACUUUUUAUGCCUUACUAUACUACGACUUUUUUAUGACUUUUUAUGCCUUACUAUACUAUGUUGUUUUUAUGACUUUUUAUGCCUUAUUAUUCUAUGACUUUUUUAUUACUUUUUAUGCCUUACUAUACUAUGACUUUUUAUGCCUUACUAUACUAUGAAUGUUCAUGCCUUACUAUACUAUGUCGUUUUUAUGACUUUUUAUGCCUUACUAUACUAUGACUUUUUCAUGACUUUUUAUGCCUUACUAUACUAUGAAUGUUCAGGCCUUACUAUACUAUAUUGUUUUUAUUACUUUUAUGCCUUACUAUUCUAUGUUUUUUUAUGACUUUUUAUGCUUUACUAUACUAUUACGUUUUUACGACUUUUUAUGUCUUACAAUACAAUGACUUUUUAUGCCUUACUAUACUAUUUUUUUUUAGAAUUUUUAUGCCUUACUAUACUAUGUCCUUUUUAUGACUUUUUAUGCCUUACUAUACUAUGAAUGUUCAUGCCUUACUAUACUAUGUCGUUUUUAUAACUUUUUAUGCCUUACUAUACUAUGACUUUUUUAUGACUUUUUAUGCCUUACUAUACUAUGACGUUUUUAUAACUUUUUAUGCCAUACUAUACUAUGACUUUUUAUGCCUUACUAUACAAUGUUGUUUUUAUGACUUUUUAUGCCCUACUAUACAAUGACUUUUUAUGCCUUACUAUACUAUUUUUUUAAUGAAUUUUUAUGCCUUACUAUACUAUGACUUUUUAUGUCUCACUAUACUAUGACGUUUUUAUAACUUUUUGUGCCUUACUAUUCUAUGACGUUUUUAUGACUUUUUAUGCCUUACUAUACUAUGACGUUUUUAUGACUUUUUAUGCCUUACUAUACUAUGACGUUUUUAUUACUUUUUAUGCCUUACUAUAAUAUGACGCUUUUACGACUUUUUAUGCCUUACUAUACUAUGACUUAUUAUGCCUCACUAUACUAUAUCGUUUUUAUGACUUUUUAUGCCUUACUAUACUAUGACGUUUUCAUGACUUUUCAUGCCUUACUAUAAUACGAAUGUUCAUGCCUUACUAUACUAUGUCGUUUUCAUGACUUUUUAUGCCUUACUAUACUAUGACUUUUUAUGCCUUACUAUUCUAUGUUGGUUUUAUGACUUUUUAUGCCUUACUAUUCUAUGAGGUUUUAUGCCUUAAUAUACUAUGACUUUUUAUGCCUUACUAUACUUUGUUUUUAUAACUUUUUAUGCCAUACUAUACUAUGACUUUUUAUGCCUUACUAUACGAUGUCGUUUUUAUGACUUUUUAUGCCCUACUAUACAGUGACUUUUUAUGCCUUACUAUACUAUUUUUUUUUAUGAAUUUUUAUGCCUUACUAUACUAUGACUUUUUAUGUCUCACUAUACUAUGACGUUUUUAUAACUUUUUGUGCCAUACUAUACUAUGACUUUUUAUGCCUUACUAUACUAUGUCGUUUUUAUGACUUUUUAUGCCUUACUAUACUAUGACGUUUUUAUGACUUUUUAUGCCUUACUAUAAUAUGACGCUUUUACGACUUUUUAUGCCUUACUAUACCAUGAGUUAUUAUGCCUCACUAUACUAUAUCGUUUUUAUGACUUUUUAUGCCUUAUUAUACUAUGACUUUUUUAUGACGUUUCAUGCGUUACUAUACUAUGACGUUUUCAUGACUUUUCAUGCCUUAAUAUACUAUGACUUUUUAUGAUUUUUUAUGCCUUACUAUUCUAUGGCUUUUUUAUGACUUUUUAUGCCUUACUAUACUAUGACAUUUUUAUGACUUUUUAUGCCUUACUAUAAUAUGACGCUUUUACGACUUUUUAUGCCUUACUAUACCAUGACUUAUUAUGCCUCACUAUACUAUAUCGUUUUUAUGACUUUUUAUGCCUUACUAUACUAUGACUUUUUUAUGACUUUUUAUGCCUUACUAUACUAUGACGUUUUUAUAACUUUUUAUGCCAUACUAUACUAUGACUUUUUUAUGACUUUUGAUGCCUUACUAUACUAUGACUUUUUUAUUACUUUUUAUGCCUUACUAUACUAUGACUUUUUAUGCCUUACUAUACUAUGUUGUUUUUAUGUCUUUUUAUGCCUAACUAUAAUACGAAUGUUCAUGCCUUACUAUACUAUGUCGUUUUCAUGACUUUUUAUGCCUUACUAUACUAUGACUUUUUUAUGACGUUUUAUGCCUUACUAUACUAUGACUUUUUAUGCCUUAUUAUACUAUGAUAUUUUUAUGACUUUUUAUGCCUUACUAUUCUAUGUUGGUUUUAUGACUUUUUAUGCCUUACUAUACAAUGACUUUUUUAUUACUUUUUAUGCCUUACUAUACUAUGACUUUUUAUACCUUACCAUACUUUGUUUUUAUGACUUUUUUUGCCUUACUAUACUAUGAAUGUUCAUGCCUUACUAUACUAUGUCGUUUUUGUGACUUUUUAUGCCUUACUAUACUAUGACUUUUUUAUGACUUUUUAUGCCUUACUAUACUAUGACUUUUUUAUGACUUUUUAUGCGAUACUAUACUAUGACUUUUUAUGCCUUACUAUACGAUGUCGUUUUUAUGACUUUUUAUGCCCUACUAUACAAUGACUUUUUAUGCCUUACUAUACUAUUUUUUUAAUGAAUUUUUAUGCCUUACUAUACUAUGACUUUUUAUGUCUCACUAUACUAUGACGUUUUUAUAACUUUUUGUGCCAUACUAUACUAUGACUUUUUAUGCCUUACUAUACUAUGUCGUUUUUAUGACUUUUUAUGCCUUACUAUUCUAUGACGUUUUUAUGACUUUUUAUGCCUUACUAUAAUAUGACACUUUUACGACUUUUCAUGCCUAACUAUACUAUGACUUAUUAUGCCUCACUAUACUAUAUGGUUUUUAUGACUUUUUAUGCCUUACUAUACUAUGUCGUUUUUAUGACUUUUCAUGCGUUACUAUACUAUGACGUUUUCAUGACUUUUCAUGCCUUAAUAUACUAUGACUUUUUAUGAUUUUUUAUGCCUUACUAUUCUAUGACUUUUUUAUGACUUUUUAUGCCUUACUAUACUAUGACGUUUUCAUGACUCUUUAUGCCUUAUUAUACUAUGAUGUUUUUAUGACUUUUUAUGCCUUACUAUUCUAUGACGUUUUAUGCCUUAAUAUAAUAUGACUUUUUAAUUACUUUUUAUGCCUUACUAUACUAUGACUUUUUAUGCCUUACUAUACUUUGUUUUUAUGACUUUUUUUGCUUUACUAUACUAUGAAUGUUCAUGCCUUACUAUACUAUGUCGUUUUUAUGACUUUUUAUGGCUUACUAUACUAUGACGUUUUUAUAACUUUUUAUGCCUUAUUAUACUAUGACUUUUUAUGAUUUUUUAUGCCUUACUAUUGUAUGACUUUUUUAUGACUUUUCAUGCCUUACUAUACUAUGUUGUUUUUUUGACUUUUUAUGCCUUACUAUACUCUGACUUUUUUAUGACUUUUUAUGCCUUACUAUAAUAUGAAUGUUCAUGCCUUACUAUACUAUGUCGUUUUCAUGACUUUUUAUGCCUUACUAUACUAUGACUUUUUUAUGACGUUUUAUGCCUUACUAAACUAUGAUUUUUUAUACCUUAUUAUACUAUGAUGUUUUUAUGACUUUUUAUGCCUUACUAUUCUAUGACGUUUUAUGCCUUAAUAUACUAUGACUUUUUAAUUACUUUUUAUGCCUUACUAUACUAUGACUUUUUAUGCCUUACUAUACUUUGUUAUUAUGACUUUUUUUGCCUUACUAUACAUGUCGUUUUUAUGACUUUUUAUACCUUACUAUACUAUGAAUGUUCAUGCCUUACUAUACUAUGUCGUUUUUAUGACUUUUUAUGCCUUAUUAUACUAUGACUUUUUUAUGACUUUUUAUGCCUCACUAUACUAUGAUGUUUUUAUGACUUUUUAUGCCUUACCAUACUAUGACUUUUUAUGCCUUACUAUACUGUUACAUUUUUUUUACAUAUUUAUGCCUUACUAUACUAUGACGUUCUUAUGCCUUACUACACUGUUACAUUUUUUUGACAUUUUUAUGCUUUACUAUACUAUGAUGUUUUUUGAAAUUUUGUGCUUUAUUAUACUAUAACGUUUUUAUGUCUUACCAUACUGUUACAUUUUUUCGACAUAUUUAUGCCUUACUAUACUAUGACGUUUUUAUGCCUUACUAUACUGUUACAUUUUUAUAACAUUUUUAUGCCUUACUAUACUGUGACAAUUUUAUGCACUUACUAUACUAUGACUUUUUUAUGCCUAACUAUACUACGAUGUUUUUCACAUUUUCAUUCUUUAGUUUACUAUGAUGUUUUUUGAAAUUUUAUGCCUUACUAUAAUAUGGAGUUUUAUGACUUUUUUAUGCCUUCGUGUACUAUCACAGUUUUUGACAUUCAAUUAUGAUGUUCUAUGACAUUUUUAUGCAUUACUAUACUGUGACCUUUUUCACAUCUCAAUGCCUUACUGUACUAUGACAUUUUUAUGCAUUACUAUAUUUUGACGUUUUAUGCCUCAUUAUACUAUGACGUUUUUAUGCCUUAUUGCACUGUUAUGUUUUUAUGACAUUUUCACACCUUACUAUACUAUCAUGUUUUUAUGCCUUACUAUACUAUGACAUUUUAUGCCUUACUAUACCAUGACAUUUUACAACAUUUUCAUCCCUUACUACACUAUGAUGUUUUUAUGACUUACUAUACUCUAACCUCCUAUGAUAAUUUUUUUGCCUUACUAUUGUGUGAUGUUUUUAAUACCUUACUAUAAUAAGACUUUUUUUGCUCUACUGUUUCAGGUUCAGAAAUGGUUAAGUAUCACCAUGGGCAUCGGGUUGGGAUGCAGGAUGAAAGAAUGAAGGCCAUGAAACAUCUAUCCAAUCCAACAAAUGUUGUAUUCUCAGUCAAUUUUUUCAAACAUGAAAGGGAAUCUUUUAUAUUUACACAUAUAAUAUGAACAUAUACUGACAGGCUUUGGGAUGGAUAUACUGUAUAUUUAUAUAUCAUAUGUCUAUAAUAUAAACAGACAUAUGAAAAUGUUUCUAUUAGUUUCUAUAUAUUUCAAUAUAUGAUAUUGUUCCAAUUUCUAACAGGUUUCAUAUGUAAUCUUUACAUAUAUAGGCUAUACUUUUAAUAUGUAGGCUUCAUAUUUCAUAUAUGGAAAUUCAACACAUGUACAUAUAUUACCUUUGCCUAUGGGCAUUUCUGAAUGUCAAUUCGGAUCUUAUAUGUUAAACCGUUUCACUGAUGGCAUAAAAAAGCCAAUCUCUUUCUUUUGGAGUGGUGGCGGGGGUUGUUCCGUCCCUACCAAUGUUGAUACCAAACCUACGCCCUUGGAGUGAGAAGAAGAAUAUUUCCCUCCAAAAUGUAGUACCUCAAAUAUAUAUUUAGAGUAAGUUUACAUGAAUAAAAAUAAGCUUCUUAGCUACUUUCCACCACUGGACACAUGAAACAUUACUUUCCAUUACUGCAUGUUUCAACUGUGUCAGGUUACCUUUUAACCGAUUACCUCAUUUUAAAUGUACAUGUUUAAGAAACAAGUUUUUGCAAAAAAAAAAAAAAAAGACUAAAAUGUUGAUCUGCGAAGCUUAAACAUUUGAAGUAGCAAAGUUUAUUUUUAUAUUUCCAGCAUCAACUAGCCUAUAUUUUCCUAAUCUCCACCCUCGCUUCGGUUCAGAGGGAUUUUUUUUCUUUUUCUUUUUUUUCUUUUUUUUUUUCUAUGUGCAGCUGCCAUGUAGCAGAGGGAGGAACAGCUGGCUGAGGGAAGAGCCAGCCCGGGGAGUCAGUCACAUUCCUGGCUGGGAUUCAAUGACUGAACCAGACACAAACAAACAGAGAGGGCGAGAGAGAGAGAGAGAGAGGGAGAGAGAGAGAGAGAGAGAGAUAGAGAGAGAGAGAGAGAGAGAGACUCACACAUUGAGUGAGAGGGGAGACAGACUGAGAGUACGCCAGACUGAGCAGACGAAGCAUAUUUCGGGCGCACAUUUGGAGUGCGUAAAACCGCAGGAGCGCAUAGAAACACAGUAACCGGUGAUUGUGCGUUGGAUAAUACGACUUUUGAGUCUCGGAGUUGUCGACUUUAAUUGCGUCUGCUUACAGGAACUGCCCCUAUGAAUUCAGCAGCCUUCAGUUUUCUGAAUGGACGCGCUGGGAAGCUUCUCCGGUGACAUGGAAAUGCGCGUUAUUGAGCGUGUAGCCGGAUGCUGAGGACGCCUGAUCCGAUAAGUCAUAUUCAGCUUUCAUUUUGAGUUUAGAACUCUCUUUUCUAACCGGCAACAACAUGGAGGGUACGAGCUUUCAGCCCCAUCCCGGACUUCAACAAACUCUGAAGCAGUUUCAUCUGAGUUCCAUGCGCUCUCUCGGUGGACCAGCGGCGUUCUCCGCUCGGUGGCACCAGGACUCACUCUUCGGUAAAGAUGGAAAAUCCGCAGAGAUGAUGCUCACCCUGCCGGCACAGACCCCUCCAGUGAUGUCCGGUCCACUUUUCAUCCCGUCCGACCGCUCCACGGAGAGGUGCGAGACGGUCCUGGAGCGGGAGCCCAUCUCCUGCUUUGUGGUCGGCGGCGAGAAGCGUCUGUGCUUGCCGCAGAUACUGAACAGCGUCCUGAGAGAUUUCUCCCUCCAGCAGAUCAACUCAGUGUGUGACGACCUGCACAUCUACUGCUCCAGGUGCACGGCGGACCAGCUGGAGAUCCUCAAAGUGGUAGGGAUCCUGCCCUUCUCGGCUCCGUCCUGCGGGCUGAUCACUCAGACGGAUGCUGAGCGCCUCUGCAACGCUCUCAUCUACGGCGGUACUUACCCCCCUCACUGCAACAAGGAGUUGGGCUCCCUGGAGUUGGAGCGAACCGAGAAGAGCUUCAAAGUCUAUCAUGAAUGUUUUGGCCGGUGUAAAGGCUUGUUUGUCCCGGAACUGUACACCGGCCCUAGUGCCGCCUGCAUCCAGUGCAUGGACUGCAGGCUCAUGUUCCCACCUCACAAGUUUGUGGUCCACAGUCACAAGAGACUCGAGAACCGGACAGUGCACUGGGGGUUCGACUCCGCCAACUGGCGGGCCUAUGUGCUCUUAGACCCGGACUACACCGGAAAAGAGGAGAAGAGUCAUCUGGAGCAGCUGCUUAAAGAGUUAAAAGGAAAAUAUGAUCUGACGGGCAAGCUGUCCAGUAAAUCUUGCAGAUCUCCCAGCCCGGUCCCUGCCAAGAGGUCCAAAUUCGAUAAAUUACAGUCUCCAUCAGCUGACAAAGACAGGAAACCUGACUGGUUACAAUCCCUCUCAAAGUCUGCACACAAGGACCUGAAACAGGUCCAACUGAAACAGAGGCCCUCUGCUUUCCGCCCCUGGUCUCCUAAAGCCGCAGAAAAAGAGAAACCAGCUACUCAGAAUGAGGUGGAGAGGUCCUACUCUAAGAAUCAGGAGACUUUGGCGGCUCCUAAUCUUACACUAGCUCCUCUGGCCCCUCCGGUCAAUCCCAGGGACAGCCACGCUCCUGGCAGGGGACCCCCAGCCAUGUCCAGGCCGCCCCAGGAGCCGCAUAACGGGGAAGUACAACCUGCAGUAAAACCGUCCCCUUCCAGUACCACCAACCGAGCCGAUGAUAUGGACACAGAUGGAGAGAUUGACGUAGAUGACUGUGAUGAUCGUCCAGUGCCACCUUCCUCCUUAGCUUCUCCCCCAUCAGCCUGCACCGGUGUGUCUCAGACUCUGACCCCUCAGAGUGUUGCUCGAGCUCAGGAGGGGCCUGUGUGGCUGUCAGGGCCCGUUUGCCCAGAGAUAGACACCCUGAAACAGAUGCUGUAUGCAGGCCUGGACACCAAAGAAGCCAGGGAAAAGCUGCUGCAGGAGAUUGUGAGGAUGAGAGUUAAGCAGGAGGAGAAGCUGGCAGCUGCUGUGCAAGCUAAACGGAGCCUUCAGCAGGAAUUGGAGUUCGUGAGGGUGGCUAAGAAAGGCCGUCUUCGUGAGGCCAUCGAAGCCAAGCGCAACCUGCGAAAGGAGAUUGAACGCCUUCGUGUGGAUUGGGAGAGGAAGAUGAGGGACGCGGAGGAGUCUUGUGGGCGGCUGAAGAGAGAACUGGAGAUGGAGAGACAGCUGCGCGUUUGCGACAAAGGCUGUGAGGCUGAGCGUCUCCGGGUCAAGUACUCCACUCAGAUUGAAGAGUUGCAUGUGCAGCUACAGCAAGCGGAAGCCGAUCGCGAGCAGCUGAGGCAAGAGCUUCAGCGGGAGAGAGAAGCUCGGCAGAGCCUGGAGAGUGUUGUUAAAGAUCUGCAAGUCCAGCUGGCGGUGCAAGCCAACGGCAGCUCUCCUGGAGACUCCAAGGACGCUAACACAGACACACACAGACAGACCACACAACUUACCAAUGGAUCCUAAAGUUGCACAUACAAAACUUGAGAAAAGGACUCAAACAAAAGGAGCAUGAUAAAGGACUUUGUUGCACCUCCUGUUAGGGAAAUGAGACUCAGCAAAAUGCAAAGUCAAUUUUGUAGAGGAAAAAUCUGUCAUAUAUAAUAUGAUAUGAUAUUAAUCAAUAUUAUUAUGACAAUAUAUGAAUUUAAUGAAAUGAACUGGAAAGUAGCAUGAUGUCUCAGCAUGUUGUCGAGCGUGAAACUAAGAAAGACUUCUUCAGUGAUGAACACAUCUCUCCAGUAACGUCAGAGCCCUCGGUUAGACACCUGACGCUGUCCAAGGAUUUUAUUUUGGUAUAAGCUAUUCUAAGAUGUGCAAAUAUAGCCACAUAACACUACUUGAAUAUGAAGGGAAGAAACAUGUUGCGCCUGGUGAAACGUGAGCAGAUGAUAAAACUCUUGGUGCCACAAAAUAUUGGUACACUCAAAGGUGUCAUUGCAGACCACUGGAAUCAAGAGACACCAGUUUACCACUAUUUACUUUUAAUAUCAGCUUGCUUUUUAUAACUGUGUAGAGGAUGUACUUUUUAAGAAAUAUUGCUUGCGCAGCACUGUUAUUCCACAGGCAAGAAAAAACAUCCAUAAACAAACAUGUACGCGUGUAUACCAGCUUGUCUACCUUUUGUAUUUUAUAAACCUGAAGUAUUGGAGGUUACGUGGGCUGCCUUCAGGUCCACCACUGUUUUAUGCUUUAGAUAUUUUAUGGAAGUGUUACUUUUUAAUAUUAUGAUGCAACUUUAUUUGUUGUUUGAACAUUGUUUUCCAGUAAUGUUUUUGCAACCGAACCAUGUGAUGAAUAGUAAAUAUUCUUGCCCACAUUAGUGCAGAUAAGUCUACAAAUGCCCUCCUAAAAGAAAAAAAAAAAACUUAAAUAGCUGUCUGUAUUUGUUGAAAUGCGGUACUUCUGAUUUUCUAUUGAGUAUUGUAAAAUAAUUUAUAUUCUAUAAUAAUUUGCUGCCUAUCAACAGAAAGCAUUCAUUUUUAGUCACUGGUUUUAGGGCUCUUAAAUCAACAAAUGCUGUUUAUAUGAACAACAUUUCUACAUAUAUACAAAAUAUGGAUAUAUAUUUUUUUACUUUAAGAAAAGGAAUUGCACUUUUUAAAGAAAAGAACCUUGCAUUGUGCAUUGUACUCCCUGUUACAUUUUUCAAAACACAAGUUAACAUGAAUUUUGAAUUUAACACACUUUCCCUCAGUAUCCUCUGAUGUAAAUACAAUGAUAUUGUAAAUAAGAUAUUUGUUCGUAUGUUUGCUUGCUCCAGACUUAAACUGAUUAUGAAUAUUAUUUUUUGCUCUUACUUGAAACCAAAAAGACUAUAUUUGGAUUUGCAAAACUGCAAUUUCAUUGUUGUAUCCCUGAGUAUCAUUGCAAUCACAGGGCAUUUACCAGAAUGGAUGUAAACCAUAAAUAAUUGUGAACUUGACCUAUCAGUAGUUUUUGUAGGUUUGACACAUGAAACAGAAUAUUAUAAUUUCUCCCUUGAUUUUGUUUAUUUGAGAAGAUCUUUAUUAUUUGAUGAAUUAUAGAUUAUAUAUUACACCACAGACCAAAAACUGAAAAAUGGAUUUGAAUUCUCAGCACCUCCAGCUCCCUCAUCAGAUAGAGUAGAAGCAACACCUUCUCAUGGUUUCAACCUAUAGGUGCUCUCGUAUAUUUAGGCAAGAAACACUUUUAUGUCUUAUCAUUAUGAUACCCUCACUCAGUAUUUGUUGGGUACAGUGUAAUAGCAAUAUCCAUUUUGUUAGCUGAUGCUGUUGUAGUUUGGUUUGGAAGUGGGGUUUCACUUGCCUCUUAUUUCAAUGUUUUCUUUUUCCUUCGGAAAACCUGUAUAAUACCCAUUAAAAUCUAAGUCAAUCCUA